GACUCUGUUUCAGGGGUAUCAACAUCAGGGGCACUGGGCCCGGUGAGUACCACUGCCAGCACCACACCACGAAUGGCCACCAGCAGCACUGGCCGCCCCACCACCACCUCGGCUUUGGGUAGGAGGAACAGGAGCACCAGCAUGCCCUCGCCUAUGGCUGAUGUCCCUGAUGAGAUGACCACACACCUCCUGCCCGCCUCCUCCCAGCUGCCCCCAGCUGGUGCCGAGAGCUGCGACCCUAUGGAAGCCCGUGAUAUUAUGUGGUCUCGGACCCGGCAGGGACAGAUGGCAAAGCAACCGUGUCCUAUGGGCUCGAUUGGUGUUGCAACUUUCCGGUGUCUUGCACCAGAUGGAAUCUGGGAGCCCCAGGGACCAGAUCUCAGCAACUGCUCUUCUCCCUGGAUCAACCACAUCACUCAGAAGAUGAAGUCAGGAGAGAUGGCUGCCAAUAUUGCCCGAGAGCUUGCAGAGCACACCAGAAACCACUUGUAUGCUGGUGACAUCACAUACUCCGUGUCUGCCAUGGUUCAACUGGUGAACUUGCUUGAUGUGCAGCUCCGAAACCUGACGCCAGGUGGGAAGGACAGUGCUGCACGCAGCUUGAAUAAGCUUCAGAAAAGGGAGCGCUCUUGCAGGGCCUAUGUCCAGGCCAUGGUGGAAACGGUGAACAACCUCCUGCAGCCACAGGCUCUGAAUGCCUGGAGGGACCUGAAUGCAAGUGAACAGCAACGUGCAGCCACCAAAUUGCUUGACACCGUGGAGGACAGUGCCUUCGUUCUGGCUGAUAACCUGCUGAAGACUGACAUUGUCCGUGAAAACACCGACAAUAUCCAGCUGGAAGUUGCAAGACUAAGCACAGAUGGCAAUCUAGAAGAUCUGAAGUUUCCCCAGAACACGGGCCAUGGGAGUGCCAUUCAACUUUCGGCAAAUACCUUGAAACAAAAUGGUCGAAAUGGUGAAAUCAGGGUAGCCUUUGUGCUGUACAACAACUUGGGCACCUAUCUCUCCACGGAGAAUGCUAGCAUGAAAUUAGGAACUGAAGCAAUGUCUACUAAUCACUCCGUCAUUGUCAACUCCCCUGUCAUCACGGCAGCAAUAAACAAAGAGUUCAGCAAUAAGGUUUACCUAGCUGAUCCUGUGGUCUUUACAGUCAAGCAUAUUAAGCAGUCAGAAGAAAAUUUCAAUCCAAACUGUUCAUUCUGGAGCUAUACUAAACGUACCAUGACAGGGUAUUGGUCCACCCAAGGAUGUCGCCUCCUGACAACUAACAAGACGCACACCACAUGCUCCUGCAAUCACCUAACCAACUUUGCAGUCCUGAUGGCACAUGUGGAAGUUAAGCACAGCGAUGCAGUGCACGACCUGCUUCUGGACUUUAUUACCUGGGUGGGCAUCCUGCUGUCACUUGUCUGCCUCCUGAUCUGCAUCUUCACCUUCUGCUUCUUCCGUGGGCUACAGAGUGACCGCAACACAAUUCACAAGAACUUGUGCAUCAGCCUUUUUGUAGCAGAACUUCUCUUCCUCAUUGGCAUCAACCGGACUGACCAGCCGAUUGCUUGUGCUGUUUUUGCUGCCCUCCUGCACUUCUUCUUCCUGGCGGCUUUCACCUGGAUGUUCUUGGAAGGUGUGCAGCUCUACAUCAUGCUGGUGGAGGUUUUUGAGAGUGAGCACUCCCGGAGGAAGUACUUCUAUUUGGUUGGCUACGGCAUGCCUGCACUGAUCGUGGCUGUGUCAGCAGCAGUGGACUACCGGAGCUAUGGCACAGACAAAGUAUGUUGGCUCCGACUUGACACCUACUUCAUUUGGAGCUUUAUAGGACCAGCGACCUUGAUAAUUAUGCUUAAUGUAAUCUUCCUUGGGAUUGCUCUCUAUAAAAUGUUUCAUCAUACUGCCAUACUGAAACCUGAAUCUGGAUGUCUUGACAAUAUCAACUAUGAGGAUAACAGACCCUUCAUCAAGUCCUGGGUGAUAGGUGCGAUAGCCCUGCUCUGCCUAUUAGGACUGACCUGGGCAUUUGGACUCAUGUAUAUUAAUGAAAGCACAGUCAUCAUGGCCUAUCUCUUCACCAUAUUCAAUUCUCUGCAGGGAAUGUUUAUAUUCAUUUUCCAUUGUGUCCUCCAGAAAAAGGCCAAACUCUAUAUCCAAGAUAAGCAUAUAGAAGAGUUUACAUGUGGAUACAUCUGA